AUGCCAAUGGCAACCAUUUUUCGACCAUCGCUGUUCAUCUUUGUUGCGGUGGUGCUUAUGUCUUUGCUCCACGCUGCAAAAGCCCGCGAUACACCAUUUGCCCUGCUGGAUUGUCCACCCGAAUGUAUGUGCGAUAGAAAUUCCAAAUCGCCGGAAACACUGGAUUUCGCUGAAGAUCCAGUGACAUCCGGCGCUAUUUCCGAGCUUGAUGAUUCCGGCUCAUCGUUCCAUGCUCUGUGCAUGGUGGGACAAGGUGCUGGGUUCGAAAAGAUUGAAGAUCUCUUGUCAUUGGACACGGCGGUGCUGAAAAUAAUAUACACCUCUCAAACGGAACAGUAUCAGCUAAAUGCCUCAAAUUUGGUCCGUUUUCAACAUCUCCGAGAGCUACAUGUGCAAUCAUUGCAGGCACAAUUGCUGCGAUUUUCGCUCGAUGCUGAACUACCCGUUGUGAGACUUCAUCUAGAAUCUCUGGAGCUUAUCCGAAGUGCGCCACCUACCGUUCUCGAUCGUACAAUGCCCUCUCUGGCGGGACUUGGUCUGCAACCCUUGGCAGGGGCGAAUGGAAACGACGCUAACGCUUAUCAGAUCGUCGACGAUGAUGUAGGGGAAGAAGUAGUAGUGGUCAACAGUGGGCCCGAAACACUCACCGAGACAUUCGAACUCGAGAUCGUACCGUACGAGGUAUAUAAGCGCGAACUGGCCAGCACUAGCAAUGUGUCGUUCUAUGGAUGGUCAAACCUGACGGCGCUCUCCAUACAUGACUGUCAGCUGGAAUCGUUACAUCCCGACUUCCUGUACGGUCUCGACCGUCUGCAACGCCUCUCACUGCAGCACAACAACCUGAAGAUACUGCCACCAUUCGCUUUUUACGGUGCUCCCAACAUGCGUUUGCUAUCACUCGCCCGGAAUCGUUUGUUGGAGGUUAGUUACUACUCUUUGGCCGGAUUGCUCGAACUGCACGUUUUGGAUCUGUCUUCGAACAACAUCUCCAAAAUUUCUGAACUCACCUUUCCACCGUUCCCGAAGCUGGCUAAGCUCGAUUUGCGCCACAAUCCCAUCGAGUACGUGUUCGACAGCUCGUUUGCUAUCGCGAACAUGACGCGAUCGCUGUUCAUCGGCAGUGAGACGGUGGGACUUCAUGUUGGAACACCCAAACCCUUCCAAGGAUUAACCCAGAUGGAACUGCUAGAGGUUCGCAAUCUGCAAUUGCCUGCGCUCAAUCAGUAUCUUUUCCGCGGGCUUCGAUCGCUUCGGACACUGCGGCUUCUGCAGGGUAAUAUCUCGUUCGUCGAGUACGACAGCUUUGCCGAGAUGAAGAACCUAACCGAAUUGUACGCGUCCCGCUGCUUAAUUGGGGCCAUUUCCAUGGAUGCAUUCUUCGGAGUGAAACGCCUGCAAGUGAUUGAUUUAUCCUAUAAUCUGCUUACCGAGCUGCCGGUGGGUUUGUUCGACGAACAGCUCCAAUUGCUCGAGCUGUACCUGCACGGCAACAGGCUGACACAGUUGCCCACCGAUUUCUUCCGACGUCUGGCUCCUGCCGUACAAAUCGUGCGUCUGAUAGAGAAUCCGUGGCAGUGUAGCUGUUCCAUGGUACAAUGGCGCCAAGCGGCCACAAAUCGGCUAAAGGUUUCCUCGACAUCCAACAAUCCGCUGGCUGCCUACGUGUACAGCAACAAACUGACGCCACGGUGCAGUGACCCUAGUCAGGGUAUACAGAACCGCAGCGUCUACUAUGUGAUCCGCAAAAAUCUCCAAUGCAACGUGGAUAGCAACCGAGCACACAAAAUAGCUUUACGCAUCAGUGAGUUGAAUCAGAGAAAGCAGCAGACGCUAUUGCAGAAACGAUACCACCAGGAUCGAGGAUUUCCCGCUCCGAAUGUAGUGCGGCAGCAAUCAAGCAACGUUAACCCGGCACCGAACACUAACAGCAUGCUAACUUACCAGCGCCCUCGUCAGUCUCUGGUGUACCAGCAAAAGCGCCAACGGCUCCAACAAAAACUUCACAAUAGCCAACGUUACGCGACGGCGGCCGCUACGAAUGCCACACAACGCGUUGUGAGCAAUGAGAUUGAAUACUAA